AUGGUUCUUCCAACUUCCUACAAACAUGCCGUGUUCAAGGAGGCAGGAGGUCCUCUUACUGUCGAACAGACUCCUUUGGUUUUACCGGCUUCCGGUGAGGUGUUGGUGAAGGUUGAAGCAUGUGGUGUUUGUUUCUCUGAUCAUAUUGCCCAGUCAUAUGGCAUGCGUGGCUCCUUCCCCAUUGUGCCGGGACAUGAGAUUAUCGGAGAGGUCGCUGCGGUUGGAGAUGAUGUCUCACAGUGGCACAUCGGAGAUCGAAUUGGUGGAGCAUGGCAUGGAGGCCACGACGGUAUUUGUUCCGCAUGCCGCAAGGGACAUUAUCAAAUGUGCAAUCUUGGAAUCAUCAACGGUGUAACAAAGAAUGGAGGAUAUGCCGAGUAUUGCAGUUUGCGUGCCGAGGCAGGAGUCCGAAUCCCUGCUCAUGUUGAAGCUUCAAAGUAUGCUCCUAUCCUCUGUGCUGGAGUGACCGUUUUCAACUCGAUGAGACGGAUGAAUGUUCCGCCUGGCUCAACGGUCGCAAUCCAGGGAUUGGGGGGACUAGGCCACCUGGCAAUUCAAUACGCAAACAAGUUUGGGUACCGCGUAGUGGCGCUAUCUCGAGAUUCCAAGAAAGAAAAAUUCGUCCGCGAACUCGGAGCACAUGAGUAUAUUGAUGGUAGUAGACAGAACCCAGCCGAAGAAUUGCAGAAGCUCGGAGGAGCGUCACUUAUUGUGGCAACGGCACCCGACGCGAAGGUGAUUCCACCCUUGUUGAAGGGGCUUGGCAUCUUAGGAAAGCUGUUGAUCCUUGCUGUUCCCGGGGAGGUGGCUUUCGACACCAGAUUGAUGAUAUCGAGAGGAUUAUCGGUCCAUGCCUGGCCAAGCGGCCAUGCAAUGGAUUCAGAAGAAGCCAUUCAAUUUACUGAGUUGGAAGGGAUCGAUUGUAUGGUCCAGACCUUCCCGCUGGAAAAAGCGAAUGAUGCAUAUGACGCUAUGAUCCAAGGCACGGUCAGAUUCCGCGCUGUGAUCACAAUGAACUAA